AUGGCGCCGUCACUGGAAGAGCCCGUGCAAGUGGACUUUGAAGCACCUCUCAAAGCAGCGCCCCAGCUGGUUGCGCCUGAGCCGGAACAUUGCCCUGGACCGGAAUCCGCUACUGCUGGUAAAGCAGACUCCUGUGCAGGAUGUCCCAACCAAGCAAUAUGCGCCUCCGCGCCCAAAGGCCCUGACCCGGACAUUCCCCUCAUCACAGCACGACUCGCCUCUGUCAAGCACAAGAUCCUAGUACUCUCUGGCAAAGGCGGAGUAGGAAAAUCGACUUUUAGCACCAUGCUCUCCCACGGCUUCGCCUCGAACCCUCAAUCCACAGUCGGCAUCAUGGACACGGAUAUUUGCGGUCCCAGCAUACCCAAGAUGAUGGGGGUAGAAGAAGAAACAAUACACGUUAGCGGCGAAGGGUGGGAGCCCGUCUGGGUCAGCGAAAACCUGGGCGUCAUGAGCGUUCAGUUUAUGCUGCCGAACCGUGACGACGCAGUCAUCUGGCGGGGCGCGAAGAAGAACGGGCUCAUUAAAAAGUUCCUGAUGGACGUUACGUGGGGGGAACUGGACUUCCUCAUCGUUGAUACGCCGCCGGGCACGUCUGACGAGCAUCUGUCGGUGAAUUCGUUCCUGAAAGCCUCGGGUGUGGAUGGUGCGGUUCUCGUGUCUACACCUCAAGAAGUUGCGCUGCUGGAUGUACGCAAGGAGAUUGAUUUUUGUCGAAAGGCGGGAAUACGCGUGCUGGGUAUUGUGGAGAAUAUGAGUGGGUUUGUGUGUCCUGGGUGUAAGCAUGAGAGUCAGAUUUUCAGGGCGAGUACGGGAGGUGCGGAGAGGUUGGCGAAGGACGAGGGGAUUCCGUAUUUGGGUGCGGUGCCCCUAGAUCCGAGGAUUGGCAUGGCGUGUGAUUUUGGAGAGAGCUUUUUGACGGCGUACCCGGAUAGUCCGGCGUGUAAGGCUAUUCAGGAGGUAGUGAGGAGGGUCGGGGAGCAGAUGGGGUUGAGACGAGAGGAGGUGUUGCCUGUGGAGGAGGAAGCGUGA